ACAAAACUGCUGCAAUGUUUUGAAUUGAUAACAAAUUAAUCCAGUCCGAUAUACAUGUAGUGUACAGACCUAUAUAUAUCCCCCCCAGGUGUUACACGAGCCCUUUUAAUCUUCGAUAAUGAUAUACAUUUAGGAAGAAACAAAAUGACGGCAGUUUUCUGUGAAUUACUCUAUUUUCUCUGGUUAUCAAACGCACAAAGAAUGACGUCCAAGUGUGAAAUCUGGUGAACUAUAGCAGUAACGUCAUCGAGACUUUGUGGCUUUCGGUCGGCCAGAUAAGUUGCCAAUUUUUGUUUUGUGAGUAAACAUUACAGGUGCUGCCAUUGUGUUAAGAUGAUUACAGAAUAAUGUUUAUUUUUGUCCCAAUAAAUUCGUUUCAACAAUCGAGAAACACAGGUCAAAUGAGAUUUAAAUGUGGAAAACUCUAUGUGCAGUGGGGUAAUUGGAGACCAGUUAUAUUCUGUCAUUCACAGGGAAGAACAUUUUCACAAAUUGCUCAGGAGUUAUAAGUUUACUGGAUUUUUACUGUCAAGAUGAUUAUGGAUGGCAAAAAAAUAAGAAAUACUAUGACAACAAUGAGAGAGGCGGGAUUGUCCCGCCCAGAGGCGGGGCUUGAUCCGAGAUUGACAGCUAAUGGGGCUCCCAAGGCUCCCAAAGAGGAGGAGGAAUGCCACGUGUCACAGAAGCUGGCGGUGCUACAGGAGGAGAGUCUGAAGCCAAUCAAAGAGGACCUGGCCGAGUGGAUCGCCAGGACACUGGGCAUAGAAAUUACAACAGAUAAUUUUCUGGAGAUUCUGGACAAUGGCGUCCAUUUAUGUAAUCUGGCCAAGAUAAUCCAGGGGAAGGCAGAGGAAUGUGUCAUGGAUGGAUCCUACACUGAGCCUCUACCUAAGGUAUCCCUGAAGUACCGCAAUAACGCCACCUCAGGCUCCUGGUUUGCCAGAGACAACACCGCCAACUUUCUGAAGUGGUGCAAGGCAUUUGGAAUGGCAGACGACCAGAUGUUUGAAACAGAGUAUCUAGUAUCUCACACGGGGGAGAAAUCAGUCUUGAUGACCAUACUAGAGCUGGCCAGAAUCGGCUACAAGUUUGGUCUGGAUCCUCCCAACCUGAUCCGGAUGGAGAAAGAAAUCGAGAAGGAGGAGGAGGUCGUAGAGGUCAAACCGGCCAAACCUUCUGGUCUCGAUGCUGAGGUAAUCCCCAUAGCAACCGCCGAAAAUAUAUUUGACCUUGACGCUGAGGACAACUCACAAAGCCAUAUGGUGCGGAGGAUAGCCUUUCUGUGUAAAUGCCAUGAUCAUGUGAAGAAGCUUGGCGACGGCAAAUACCUCAUCUUUGGAAAAGUGGUUCAAAUUAGAUUCCUGAAGAAUCGUCACCUGAUGGUACGGGUGGGUGGGGGAUGGGACACCCUGGAGAAUUACUUGAUCCACCACCGACCUGUCGAAGUGUUCGAGCACAAGCGCCUGGUGCCCGGAGAGCCACACGAUGUGGGCAACAAGUACCUCUACUUCAAGUCCAAGUACAAGUCCCAUGCCCAGGUGGCCAGUGAGCAAAAUGGGCACGUCCACUGAGAGAUGGGUGCACCUAUAUACACAGUGUAUCAUGGGGCUUGCCCACAGAGUUAUGUAUAUACACAUUGUAUCAUGGGCUUGUUCACUGAGAGAGGUAUGUUAACAGUGUAUCAUGGGCAUGCCCACUGAGAGAUGAAAGCUCGUUGGUGUACCUGUACAAAGUGUAUCAUGGGUUACCCAUUUUUUUGACACACAGAGAGAAAUAUCCUGUUCAUAUAUAGCAUUGACUGUUGCUGCAUCCAUUUUGAAUCAGGUUGUGCAUGUUUUUGGAGAAAUAUGGGUCAAAGAAAUGCAUUCACCUUGUUUAUUAGGCACUUGUUUUGUUCACAGUAUUUAAUUGAAUUGUAUUUAGAGUUUAUCGGUUUUCUGGGGUUACUGUUAUUUUUCCCCAUAUAUUCGUGAUUGUUCAAAUGUAUAUGCAAAGGUUGUGAAGAAUUUUUUUUGCUGGGUAUAAUUUGUAUUUAUUCAGCUGUUGUUAUUGUUGCACAAGUUACACAUUCUUAUCUUAUACUGGAAAAGUAUUCUCUGUCUUUGUACAUGUAUUACAUUGUAUAUUAUUUUCAAAACAUUUGUACAACAAAAAUGCAUGGUUUGCCAUUUUAUUAUCCAUAUGUCUUGUACCAGCUAGCUACAAAAACAUUCUGUUUGUGAUUUAAGCGAUAAAAAAUUGCAGAGAACAUAUUUCAUUCUUCAGUGGAUGCUUUGCAUUCUGAGAAUGUUGUCAUCUAAAACACUGAGUAAUGUUAAUACUCAAGUUUUUUUGAUGGGUGCUCAUGUAAAAUUUCACCAGGGUUUAUUAUUUUUUUUUUUACAUGAUUGUGUUUAUUUUGUUGUUGAUGAUAGCUCCUAUCUAAACUUACUCCACUUGCUACCAUUGUGAAUUUUACAUAUUUUUUUGCCUAAUGUAGACUUAAGAUAGUUUAUAACUUUGACUCUGAUGUAACAUGUACAAACACAUCUUUCUUAGUAUUUGGUAAUAAGAGUAUAGUUUUACAAACUUAUUAAACUUGCAUCUAACUGUG